AUAUGACCGGGCUGGAGAUGUGGCAAGUCUCCAGCCCGGUUCACUCUAGUUCUCGCUGGAGUGAGAACUAUUUUUUUUUCUUCUUCUUCUUCUUUUGGUGGCGGCGGAGGGAUAUGCGUUUGUUUCCAGUCUAGUUGUCUCCUGGAUCUGGAGGACGCGGCGUGAAGAGUCGGAGAUAAGAGGCGGCAGGAGCGAGGAGUAAUUUACCAGUAGAAAAGUUGGGACUUUGGGUUGAAAUAUUCUCAAGAACGACCAUAUGUAUGGAACCUUAACCCCGUACGAAGUGCUUGCAGGAGCGCAGCAGAUCAAAACCCCAGCGCUGCGCCGUGCGGGAAGGCAGUGGCCUCUAGAGGAGCCGGCAGCAAUCCGAGCAAUGUCGGCUUUCUUUUAGAGCGCGUGUCAGACGUUCGUCGGUGAGACCUGCAGCCGCGUCCCGAUCCCAGCACACACACACCCCCCUCCUCCAGCCCUCUCUUCCCAUCGUCGGCGGUGACCCUUCUCCGAACAGCUUGCUUGGAGGGCCCUUCCUGACCAGGAGCAGCUGCGUCCUGCUUGCUGACUCCCGUUCCUCCCUUGCUUCCUGUCCUUGGUUGGACAAGGCUGAAACCUCCUCUCCGUUCACCCCUCCCAUCAUCUGUGCUUACAUUCACACCCUCACUCACUCAGGCGUUCUUUUAGAGCUUGUUUUGGACUCCCCCCCCCCCCCCCCCCCCCUUUCCCCUAAAACUCUGAACUGACUGACAAUCCCGACAGUCUCGCGUCCGGCAGCAUGACCUCCAUGUCCAGCCUGUUCUCCUUCACCAGCCCGGCGGUCAAGCGGCUGCUCGGCUGGAAGCAGGGCGACGAGGAGGAGAAAUGGGCCGAGAAGGCAGUGGAUGCGCUGGUGAAGAAGCUGAAGAAAAAGAAGGGUGCCAUGGAGGACCUGGAGAAGGCGCUGAGCUGUCCCGGUCAGCCCAGCAAAUGCGUCACCAUCCCCAGAUCGCUGGACGGUCGUCUCCAGGUGUCGCACAGGAAGGGCCUCCCCCACGUCAUCUACUGCAGGGUGUGGCGCUGGCCGGACCUGCAGUCGCACCACGAGCUCAAGCCGCUGGAGGUGUGCGAGUAUCCGUUCGGCUCCAAGCAGAAGGAGGUCUGCAUCAACCCGUAUCACUACAAGCGAGUGGAGAGCCCCGUUCUCCCACCGGUCCUGGUACCAAGGCACAGCGAGUUCAACCCGCAGCACAGCUUGCUCGUACAGUUUCGCAACCUCACCCACAACGAGCCGCACAUGCCCCUGAACGCCACCUUCCCAGACUCCUUCCCGCAGCCGCACAGUGGCAGCGGCGGCAACAGCAACGGAGGUGGAGGAGGAGGAGGAGGAGGCGGCUCUUUCCCCAUUUCUCCCAAUUCCCCCUACCCUUCCUCUCCAGCCAGCAGCGGUACCUACCCCAACUCUCCUGCCAGCUCGGGGCCCUCCAGUCCAUUCCAGCUCCCAGCUGACACCCCGCCCCCGGCCUACAUGCCCCCGGAGGAGCAGCUGGUCCAGGAUAGCCAGUCCAUGGAAACGAGCAGCAGCAUACCUAGAGACGUGCAGCCGGUAGAGUACGAAGAGCCGAGCCACUGGUGCUCCAUCGUCUACUACGAGCUCAACAACCGCGUCGGCGAGGCCUACCACGCCUCGUCGACCAGCGUGCUGGUGGACGGCUUCACCGACCCGUCCAACAACAAGAACCGCUUCUGCCUCGGACUGCUGUCCAACGUCAACCGCAAUUCCACCAUCGAGAACACCCGCAGGCACAUCGGCAAGGGAGUGCACCUGUACUACGUGGGAGGGGAGGUGUACGCCGAGUGCCUCAGCGACACCAGCAUUUUCGUCCAGAGUCGCAACUGUAACUUCCACCACGGCUUCCAUCCCACGACCGUGUGCAAGAUCCCGAGCGGGUGCAGCCUGAAGAUUUUCAACAACCAGGAGUUCGCGCAGCUGCUGGCCCAGUCGGUGAACCACGGCUUCGAGGCCGUCUACGAACUCACCAAGAUGUGCACCAUCAGGAUGAGCUUUGUCAAGGGCUGGGGAGCCGAGUACCACCGACAGGAUGUCACCAGCACCCCCUGCUGGAUCGAGGUGCACCUGCACGGGCCUCUGCAGUGGCUGGAUAAAGUGCUGACACAGAUGGGUUCGCCUCUCAACCCCAUCUCCUCUGUGUCCUAAUAACAGACUUCUGGGAGAUUUAGAAGACCUUUUUACCUUUCUGGUUUCUUUUAUAAUUUUUUCUCCUUUUUUUUGUUUUUUAUCCCCCUUUUUACAUUGAUUUGUAAUUUAAAGCUGUCUUAAUGGCUGAACUGUUUACACUUACCUUGGGAAGGGAUAUAAAGCUCUCGCAGGAACUUCAUCAACGGUCUCAGCCAGAAUCCAUUUCAUUUACAUAUAAAAAAAAAACCUAAUAUUUUUUUUAGGUCAAAGAAAACACCAGGACAAAGAGCAGAUUGAAGUUACACGGACACACUACUGCUCGACAAUGCCGCAGCAUGGAACAACCUAGGGCUGAGUCUGUCAAACGAUAAUUAGGCAUGGGUUACAUUGCUUUUUUUUUUUUUUUUUUACUUUUACUUUAUUUGUAGUUUAUAAUUAAGCAGAGAACGGUUUCACUGCUCUGCUUCGUCUGCCGGAGAGUCUGAAAAUCUAUGAAACACUUUUCUUACAUUGUCUCUGUCAGUUAUUUCAGUUAAGAGAUGGAAACAGUUAUGUUUACCAGUAGUCUGAUAUAACAAAUGCUUUUUUUUUUAUAGUCUACUGCUAGAAAUGAACACUGAGCUACUAAGUUCUGUAUGCCAAUGUGAUAGUUUUUUUUUUUGUUUCUUUCUUUUGAUAUGGGAGAUCACUGAACAAGUUAAACAUGCCAUAAGCUAACAUUUUUAAUGUUGCAUCUGUUGCCAUAGAGGUAGGUAUUGUGAAAACACCACCGUUAUUGAGGCUUGUUUGUACUCUCAAGUUUAAGUAAGAGUGGCUGUAUUUUCCAGACUCACUGUAUUAACAAUAUUGUGCACUCAUAGAUUUUUUUUUUUUUUUUGUGGAGGCAUAUUAAAUUUGGACUUGGAUACCAAGGCAUUAUGUUAAUUCGCUUUAUUGGCUCCAUGAAAUAAAAAAAAAGGUAUUUGUUAAUGGUUCUGUCUCUGCACUCGAGUCGGGUUUAAUUUCCUAAUGUGUGUAAUAUUAACACUAUGUGGACAUUUUUGGGUUUUCUUAUACCACCUCCAUACUUUGCUUUUAAACCCUACAUCAGACGUUGUCAUGACAGAGCCAUAAAAAUUUAACGGUAGCCCAUGUGACGUCGAAACACUGAGUACAUAACGCUGAAGGCUUUUGUUUGCUGUGAUCUAACCUACAAAUAUAGCGUCCUUAUUGGUCAAUAAAAGAGUGUAUUCUAGAGCAUAUGCCGUUUGGUUGACCAAACAUUGUUAUGGUUAAUAAAGUUACUAGAACCAGCAA